UAAUGAUAAAUAAAGUGCUAAAAAUACCCGUUUUAUCUGAAAGUUGAAUUUUUGUGAUCGUAGGCGUACUCCUGGUGCAUAAACGUGGCGGAAAAAUGCAGAGCUGAUAUCAAGGAUAAUCGGUACAAUUAGACUUGUUGCAAUCACGCAUUUACAGUUACAGAAUCAUUAAGAAUGGCCGAAAAUAAUAACGCCCCAUCGAAUCCGAAUCCGCAUCCGCAUCCGCAUGCCAACAGACCCCACAGAGGUAAUCCGCAUUACAGGAACAGCUCAAAUCGGGGUCGUAAUGUUGAAUAUCGCCCUAAUUAUACUGAUGAAGAAAUUAGACCAAACUACAGGAAGGCUCAGAACCUCUUUGGAGUCAGAGAUUUGAGGGAGUUCUUGGACAAAAAGCAUGAAGAAAAUACCAAAGUAGGCCCCCCUCCAGAUCCACCAAAUAGUUUAUUGAGAGAACCCCAAAGGGAACAAUUUGAUAGACAACAGAGAUCUCCAAGGAAAAUACCUAACAAGGAAUAUUAUGCAGAUAACAAGUAUCACCCAAACCAGACCAGACCUCAUGAUUCAGACAAUAAGGAUCCAAAUCAACGAAGACAAAGUGAACAAGACAAGAAUCAGUAUUAUGCAAAUCAAGACAAACAUGUAACUUUUGAGAAUGCCACAUCUUCCAGAGAAACAAAUGACAAUCACAGUAAUAGAGGAAGGCCUUUCAGGGGCAGAGGUAGAGGCAGAGGACAUCACUCACCUCAUUCCCCAACUGUGGUCAAUCCACACAAUAUCAAAGUUGAAUUCACUACUUCAACAGGUGAGAGAAACUGUAGCAUGCAAGAAGAGAAGAUUGCUGAAUUCAAGCAUGUUCCUGACAAGAGGCACUCUGAUGAGAGAAGGAGUUUUAGAGGUAGAGGUAGAGGAAGGGGCAGAGGUCGCGGUAGAGGUGGUUAUCGCAAAAACCCCACUCAUUCCCAAGGCGACCAGUCCCAAGCAGCUGAAAGUGGCAAUCCCGACGAAACAGCAGCGAAUGCUGAUGAAGCGACGGCCGAAGAUUUUGACGAAGAAAUUCCUAAUAACGCGGCAGAAGAGGAAAUUCCUAGCAACGCGACAGAAGAGGAGAUUCCUAAUAACGCGGCAGAAGAGGAAAUUCCUAGCAACGCGACAGAAGAGGAGAUUCCUAACAACGAGGCAGAAGAGGUGACAGCCCACUACCAGCCAGAGGCUCAGAGGAAAGUGGUGGUGAAUGAAGAUACUUUAAAGGUGAAAAUCGAUAACACCGCAUCUAAUGAAGACGCAGGCGAGGAUGAAGUUGAUGACGAUAAACCCGAGGUACAAACAAAAGUCCAGGUAAACAAACAGACAUUAACUGCCCCUAAAGAUGAUAUUAAAACUGACGAGAAUGUGAAACAGGAGGAUGCGGUACCAGCAGAAAAGAUUGACGAAACUGCACAACAGCAAACGCCGGAAGUUGAGAAAGAAAAAGAGUAAUGAUGGGUAUUUAUGAGACACACAUAGGGGAUUUACCAAGUCUAAAUCCUCUAUGUGUAAAUAGAUUGAUGCAUUAGGCAAUAAGUUUAAACUUUUAGGUCAAUACCUAAGUGCCUUUAAAUAUAUGGCUUUUUAAUUGUGCUUGUUUAGACAUGUUUAUGCAGUUUUAUUUAUAGCUAGUUUUAAAAUAUGUGGUGGUCAGUUUAAUGAUUUAGAACAAUUAAAUGACUUAAGAUUAACUGAAGGCUGUAUUUUAUAGUCGAGUUAGUUUAUGAUGGCAAGACAAUUAAUAAAAUGAUUAAAGAGGAGAGAAUGUAUCUUACCCAAUUUCAUUUACAACGUCUUGAUAAAUCUACAUCUCUAAUGUCCUAAAAAAUCAACGUUAGUGGAUGUAGGUGAAUACUAACAUAUAUUGUUCAUUUUAUUACUUACCUUGUCAUCAAAUGUCGACCCUAUUUUAUAUUGCAAUGUGAUUUUUUGUGCAUUACUAUUUCAGUACUGUGUAAUAAUUAGUUUUGGAAAUUGCAUUACAUUCACAAAUAUUCAUAUUCUUAAUCACAAUUUACAUGAAUGUAUUUAUAAUAAUAUAUUUAUUUUAUUAUAAAAAUAUUUCUAGGAUUAAGGAUUUAUAAAAUAACAGUGUAUUGUAAUUUCUACUUAAACUAAAUCGAGUGUGAUUUUGUGAUUUUUUUUGGCAAAUUUGUUAUUUAUUAAAUUUUUUAUUAUUU